GCAUAAUGCCAUAAUCGCCCAUCCAACCAUUCUCUGUUGUCUUGUUGGACCUUGCACAACACUCUUCCUCCUUCUUACGCGGCCAGAUACCGUACAAUGGUUUGUCUCUCCUCUUCUUCCCUUCUGCCUCAGUCCGAGACUUAUCUUGUCAUCCCACGUUUUCUUUUUAGCUAACAAUGCCUUCUCCUCAGGCCAACGAAAGCGAUCCUCUCUUGUCCGGCUCCGGUGACGGCCGCUCCGAUGCUCAGGCCGAUAAGGCCGCCCGGAACUCGCGACUCCGUGAACUCGGCCUCUUUGCCUGGGCUCUGAUUGCCACUGCUGCUGUCAUUGUUGUUGCUAUCUGGACUCAGCAUGAGCAACAAACCAAGCAUGAUCACAACACGCCCGCUUCUAAGCGAAACCUCGUCUUCAUGGUGUCAGACGGCAUGGGCCCUGCACCUUUGUCCUUGACGCGUAGCUUCCGACAACACGUGGAAGAGCUUCCCUUCGGCGAUACCCUCACUCUCGAUAAGCAUUUCUGGGGCACGAGCCGGACUCGCUCCAGCAGUUCCCUGGUUACAGACAGUGCUGCCGGUGCUACAGCCUUCUCCUGUGGCAAGAAGACCUACAAUGGUGCUAUCUCUACACUCCCUAGCCACGAUCCUUGUGGAACAGUCCUAGAAGCUGCCAAGCGUGCUGGAUAUCAUACUGGACUUGUUGUCACAACAAAGAUUGAGGAUGCGACUCCAGCCUGCUUCAACUCCCACGUGGUCCUCCGCGAGAUGGAAGACGAGAUUGCUCUUCAACAGAUCGGAGAAGGUGUCCUGGGCCGAACUGUUGAUCUGAUGCUUGGUGGUGGUCGCUGCAACUUCUUGCCCAACAGCACAGAGGGCAGCUGCCGAGCUGACGACACGGAUGUGAUCAAGAUUGCAAAGGAAAAGCACAACUGGACCUACACCGACAGUCGCGCUGGCUUUGACGCUCUCAAGGGUGGCAACAACGUCAAGCUGCCUUUCCUCGGACUCUUUGCCCCAACUGACAUCCCCUUUGAGAUUGACCGCCGAAACCACAACGACGUCUACCCCUCGCUGAGCGAAAUGGCCAAGACUGCUCUUCGCGCUCUUGAGAAGGCUACCGAGAAGAGUGACAAGGGCUUCUUCAUCAUGAUCGAGGGUAGCCGAAUUGACCAUGCCGGUCAUAUCAACGAUCCUGCAGCUCAGGUCCACGAGGUUCUUGAGUAUGACAAGACAUUCCAAGCUGUUCUUGAUUUCAUCAAGGAAAGCAAGACUGAAACUGUUCUUGUCGCAACCAGCGAUCAUGAAACUGGUGGCCUUGCCACUGCGAUUCAGGAACCCGGUCACCUCCCUGUCUACAACUGGUACCCCAAAGCCCUCGCAAAUGCUACCGCCUCGGCUGAGUGGCUUCACGCCAAGCUCAACACACACCUCGCCUCUGAUUCCAGCAUCAAGAAGAAUAAGGAGAAGCUAAAGAAGUACAUUAACGAGGAACUCGUCGUCCGCGGUCUUGGUAUUUCCAAUGCCUCUGACAAGGAGAUCACCACCAUUGCCGAUCACCCUGAGAGCGCCCUUGUCCUCUUCUCAGCUCUCAUCUCCCUGCGCGCCCACGUCGGUUGGAGUACCCACGGCCACACUGCCGUCGACGUCAAUAUCUACAGUUCUGGUGGCCCGGGAACAGAGAGCAUCCGUGGUAAUGUUGAGAACACCGAUGUUGGCAAAUAUCUACGGGAGUAUCUUGAGGUUGACGUUGACGCGAUCACCUCGGAACUCAAGGAAAAGAUGAGCAAGGUUAAUGUCCAAGAUGUUGGCAUGGAAGGACUCGACGAAGUUUGGUCUCUCGGCAACAAGUACCAUGCUAUUGAGGUCUAACGGAUGUACUGCAUUUCUUAGAAUGAUUAUACGACUUACAUGAGUCUAGUAAGAGGUCGGUAGGGAGAUUGUGAUCAAGAUAUGCAGAGCGGUAUACCCAAUCUAUAGUAGAUUUACUCAUUAGCCUGCCUAUGAUGCAUUUGAACUUUUGAGUUUUCAGACCAGCGCAACUACAGCAACUUCUUAGCGGAUGUCUGGUGAUGUAUCGCCCAACAGACAUUCCCUGCAAUUCACAUUAAAUCAGAUAAUCAGACUCAUCGUAGUCAUCCCAGCAUGACGCCAGUGGUACCCGAGUCUAAAUGUGUUGUCCAGUUCACCUCAAUACAGACCCGAGAAAGUGGGUAGAGUAUCAUGCCUGUUAAGUGCCCACUACAAUGCUUGGCUCCGACAAACAUCGAGUAGUCCAUUAUCUAUACGCUAGUUGCCAACAGAGACCACCGACCAGACUCCUGGUUGUUAACUAAACCAUGGCCCAUAAUCAACGCUUUAAGCCAAUAUACUCCUCGCUUGUGGCCGUUAACACCCUUAACCAAACGCCUUUCUCUCUUGAUAAUCAUGACUGGCUGGCAGAAACCGUGUCAACAUUGUAUCGUACAUACAGCCGAUCCAGGAAGUGUGAGUGGCGGAUCCCGUUAGGCCUCGCCUUGGCAAAUGUGUCGAUAGCCUCCUGAACACCGAAAUCGCACCGCUCAACGAGAUAACAUACGAUAAAGUAUCCCGUGCGGUUGAAACCAUAAUGGCAGUGCACUCCAAUAACACACUGCUCGGGAUUGGUCCAGUCCUCAGCGGUAGCGCGUGCAGGCUGCUGGUCUCUAAGGUCGUCAACUAAUUUGAUGAAAGCUUCAACCUCACGAGCCUCUGGAGGUAUCUUCGAAACUGUGGGGAACUUGUGAUAAUAGAUUCCAGCUCGUUCUAACCCGCGGGGGUCAUAGACAGGCUGGUCUUUUGAGAUAUCAAUGAUAUCUUUGACAAUAGAACCCCAAUUCGAAACAAAAUUCUGUGGACAAUGGACAUCGUCCACUUCACGAAGUGUCUUGAGUGCCCGGAAAAUAGGUUUUCCAGCAGGUCCAAUCGGCUCGGAUACGGGAUUGACAGACUUCCAUUUGUUAAGGUUCUUGACGUCCCAUUUUCCCUCACGGGAGAGGUAUUGCAGUUGCCAGGCCAGGGAAAGUCUGCCAGUAACGUGUGUGGCAAGGAAAUCAGAAAUUAACCCAGCAACGGCACGAACUGAGCAGGGAGCGUAUAGGACAGCGUGUGUUGCAGGUGACGGCAUCAUAAUGGUCUUUACUACCUUUCUGGGGUGGUUCGGUUGCGCAGGUAGUUCAGUCAUAGUCUCGUCGGGGGUUGAGGGAUCAUUAGGGCUGUCCUCUUCUGAACUGGGAAGCACCGGAGACUUGGCCUUUGUGAAGUCAUCAUCAUUGAGAUCUUCAAUAGCUUGUGGCAUAUGAUCCUGCGGUCUUGUAGAAGUACUGACGGGGGCAGCAGCGUCGGCAAUAGCCUCGUGUGUCUCUUCUGAUGACCCUGACUCUGGCAGAGUCUUCUCAGGGUCCAAUGCUUUAGCAAUCUUUUCGGCUUCUUCAGGUGAAACAACAGUGUCCCCUUUAGCACCUAUCAAAAAGACGGGGAUAUUUAAUCCUGCCCAGACCUCCAGGGUUGGGAGACCGCCUUUAGGUUUGCCGUUGUGAUAGAGUGGUAGGGCGCCAUUAGCCAUGCGUCUAAAGACUGGGGUUCGACUCUGUCUGUUAAAGCGAUAUUGAAGUUUUCGGGUAGCCUCGUCAGCAUCCUUUCCAACGAAACGUAUGAUACUGGCACUGUUGGGGCCCCCCCAACCUUCCCAGGCUCGCCACAAAUUAAACAUCCAUUCCGGAGCCCAAAGUCCCAUCCGAAACCACCAUGUCUUUGAUUCAUCAGGAGGGUUUGACACAGGGCAAAUAGCCACCAACCCUACGACGUACUCGGCUAGCGAAGUUGUAUGCUCGAGUUGCGUGUUGGCCAACUUAGCAGCGAGACUUGUCCCCAUGCUGUGGCCGAUCAGGACCACUCGUUGGCCUGCGUCCUUGUCUCGAUAGUCCUCAAUGACUGUUUCCAGAAGCUCUACCAAAGCAUCCGUCGUGUAGGCAUCCCAAUUAGUGACCGAGAACUCAGAUCGGCCACAACCGGGGUAGUCAAUUGCCAUGCAAGGGGCUUCAUCCACCAGACUACUUAACAGAGGAUGAAACUGGGCAACAGAGCCACCCAAGCCAUGCAGAAAUACCAAUAGUGGUAGUGGAGCAGGUUUUUUGGGUAGUUGGUCUGCCUUGGUAUGUUGUCGGUAGAAAACUCGAAUUCCAGAGUAUUUGAAACGACUUGUUGUAUAGGACUUGAACUCUGAGUGAUCCCUCAGCAAGGUCGGGUCCGUGAGGUGAGGGUCAGUGGAGUCAAUGUCGUCCUGUUGGACGCUCGCUGCAGGAGAGGCCAUAAGUGCGUCUGGGGGUUUAACUCCAGGAUAUUGGUGGAGGUAUUAUAAGUUUGUUGCGGAUUUUUUAUAAUGGAUAAGAAAGAGGGAUUGAGUCGCGAUUGGGUUUGAGUUUGGGUCGAUUGUUUUAGUUGUACCAGAGAUUGAAGCUGCUGUUGAGUCACCAACAAGGUAUUAUUGGUAUUACACGAGUAACACCAAGUUCGCGUGUUUCUCCGACCGCCGCAGCUGUCUUCAUACAAUCAACAUGGAAUAUGUCAAAUAGUACAACGCCGGAAAGGCUUGCAAUUUCAUAGAGAAGACCAGUUGACAACGGGAACUUGAAUGAUCAACAAACAAGGCCCAGCCAAGCUUUUGAAGUUCUUGGACGGUCGACCCUAGGUAUGUGCCCCACGCGAACCGCGGUCAGGG